AAAUUUACGUCAGUCGGGAUCGGUGUAUAGAAAGGAAGAGACUCAUCCCGACCACUCCCUUUUUUUCACUGGAAUCGACCCCGUUUUUUGAGCGAGGUUAUCCGUUUCCUCCUUCAGAAGUCUUGCCACUUUUUGAGGUUCGGGAAGGGGAUAUUUUAGGAAUCCAUUUGUGCGGACAUUCUACAUCCCUUCUGGCCUUUUAAACUCCUGAUUUUUCUUUCAACCCGCCAGGGUCGAAAGAUAGUUAUCAUUUUUUAAGGAAAACGUCGACGAAAAUUUUCUAACAAAAUGGAGAGAACUGUUCUGUACCUUGCCGUUCUCCUUGGCAUACUCAGUAUGGCUAAAGCUCAAGAUACUACACCACCAGUCGUAAUCAACUGCCCGCCGAACCAGAACACACGGGUCGACAAUCUUGGAGACACUGGGGUGGUAACGUGGACCCCGCCGACUGCUACGGAUGACAGCGGAGACGCUGUCACCACCACCCAGUCCCACUUUCCUGGCACCGCCUUCCCCGUGGGAUUCACGGCUGUUACCUAUGUUUUCCGCGAUAGUUCGAAUAAUCCGGCUGUGUGCAGCUUUGUUGUGAGCGUUGGAUUGAAUGGAGACAACAAUCCUCCAGUCAUCAGUGACUGUCCGACAUCCUUUACCAUCUUUGUGGCAACCAGUAAUUCGAUUGGAACACCAACAUGGACAGCCCCCUCGGCCAGCGAUGAAACGGGACAGACCCAGUUCACAACGAACCUGUCGCCCCUGACUGCUCUCUCUGUAGGAACCUACCCUGUCACAUAUACAUUUGAAGAUCCGUCUGGCAACUCAGACACCUGUGAAUUUGAAGUGACGAUUGCUGUUGGAACACCAGAUGUGACUGAUCCCGUCCUGAUCAGCUGCCCACAAAACAUUGCAGUUGGCAACAAUGGUCAGAACUUUGUAUUGGUGACCUGGGAUGCACCCAGUGCUCUUGAUGAUUCUGGCGUGGUGAAUCAGCUCUCGGGGCCUGCAACAACCUCACAGUUUUAUCAAGCUGGCUCCACCAACACCAUCAGCUACGUCUUAUACGACCCUUCAGGAAACAGUGUGACUUGCUCAUUUACAGUGACUGUUGCUCCAAUUGGUAGCUCUUCAACUGGACCUGUUAUUACUGGCUGCCCAGAGGAUGUGAAUCUCCAAGUUCCCUCUGCAACGAUAGAGUCUGUCUCUAUUUCGUGGGAAGAGCCCACAGUCACGGAGGAGUCCGGACCUGUCACAUCCUCCUCCACCCAUCAGCCGGGUGAGGCAUUCGAUGUUGAUACCUCAACGAUCGUUGCCUACGUAUUUACCGAUGAGGCCAACAACAAUGCAACUUGUUCUUUUGUCGUUACCCUAACCUCUCCUGCUUCAAACCUUGACAAUACUGAUCCCGUAAUCGUUGGAUGUCCGUCUGACAUUGUGGUUGAUGCCGUGUUUGGAUCCAGUGAUGUCUCUGUCACCUGGACGGAGCCGUCUGCUACCGAUGACUCUGGGUCUGUAAGCUCCACUCAAUCUGCCAACCCUGGGGACUCUUUUCCUUUUGGGUCAACUGAGGUUGAAUAUGUAUUCAGCGAUUCAUCAGGAAACAUGGCAACAUGCACUUUCAAUGUCAUUGUGUCUGCCAUUGCAGACAUUCAAGAUCCUGUUAUCACCGACUGUCCCAUCGAUGUCAUCUUGAUGACUCCCAGUGGCGUCACCGAUGUCAGUGUUGUCUGGACCGAACCGAUAGCUACCGAUGACUCGGGGUCUGUUGCCCUGGUGGCAUCACAUUCUCCUGGCGAUGUUUUCCCAGUUGGUUUAACCACUGUAAUCUAUACCUUUUCUGAUGCCUCUGGAAAUUCUGCAACCUGUUCUUUUAAUGUGACUAUCACUAGUGUCGAUGGUGGUGGUGAUACUUCCAGACCUGUAAUCUCUGGGUGCCCCGAAGACAUCAUUCUAGAGAUCCCUUCAGCCUCCAUAACGACCAUUGCAGUCUCAUGGUCGGAACCUACAGCCACGGAUGACUCGGGAUCCGUCCAGACUGCAUCAUCUCAUCAACCUGGUGAUGCAUUUGCUGUUGGCACGACAACUUUGGUCACAUAUACCUUUAGUGACGAUGCUGGAAACACUGCUGAUUGUUCUUUCAAUAUAAUAAUAUCCUCUUCUGCUAUCACUGACAAUGUUGACCCUGUCAUCAGUGGGUGUCCUGAUGAUAUCAAUAUUGAUAUCCCAAUUGGUUCAACUGGAGUUGCUGUCACAUGGACUGAGCCAACAGCUACAGAUAACUCUGGCGUAGUCCCAACUUUCACCUCUACUAGUUCUCCUGGAGAUACUUUUGGUAUUGGCGCAACCCAAGUUAGCUAUACAUUCACUGAUGGAUCAGGAAAUAAUGCAUUCUGUAUAUUUACUGUGACUGUAUCAGCCACCACUGACAAUGUUGACCCUGUCAUCACUGGGUGUCCUGAUAACAUCAACAUUGCUAUCCCAAUUGGUUCAAGUGGAGUUGCUGUCACAUGGACUGAGCCAACAGCUACAGAUAACUCUGGCGUUGUCCCAACUUUCACCUCUACUAGUUCUCCUGGAGAUACUUUUGGUGUUGGCACAACCCAAGUUAGCUAUACAUUCACUGAUGGAUCAGGAAAUAAUGCAUUCUGUGUAUUUACUGUGACUGUAUCUGCCACCACUGACAAUGUUGACCCUGUAAUCACUGGGUGUCCCGAUAACAUCAACAUUGCUAUCCCAAUUGGUUCAACUGGAGUUGCUGUCACAUGGACUGAGCCGACAGCUACAGAUAACUCUGGCGUUGUCCCAACUUUCACCUCUACUAGUUCUCCUGGAGAUACUUUUGGUGUUGGCACAACCCAAGUUAGCUAUACAUUCACUGAUGGAUCAGGAAAUAAUGCAUUCUGUAUAUUUACUGUAUCUGUAUCUGCCACCACUGACAAUGUUGACCCUGUCAUCACUGGUUGUCCUGAUAACAUCAAUAUUGCUAUCCCAAUUGGUUCAACUGGAGUUGCUGUCACAUGGACUGAGCCAACAGCUACAGAUAACUCUGGCGUAGUCCCAACUUUCACCUCAACUAGUUCUCCUGGAGAUACUUUUGGUGUUGGCACAACCCAAGUUAGCUAUACAUUCACUGAUGGAUCGGGAAAUAAUGCAUUCUGUAUAUUUACUGUAUCUGUAUCUGCCACCACUGACAAUGUUGACCCCGUCAUCACUGGGUGUCCUGAUAACAUCAACAUUGCUAUCCCAAUUGGUUCAACUGGAGUUGCUGUCACAUGGACUGAGCCAACAGCUACAGAUAACUCUGGCGUUGUCCCAACCUCUACCUCUACUAGUUCUCCUGGAGAUGUUUUUGGUGUUGGCACAACCCAAGUCAGCUAUACAUUCACUGAUGGAUCAGGAAAUAAUGCAUUCUGUGUAUUUACUGUAACUAUAUCUGCUACCACUGACAAUGUUGACCCUGUCAUCACUGGGUGUCCUGAUAACAUCAAUAUUGCUAUACCAAUCGGCUCAACUGGAGUUGCUGUGACAUGGACUGAGCCAACAGCUACAGAUAACUCUGGCAUUGUCCCAACUUUCACCUCUACUAGUUCUCCUGGAGAUGUUUUUGGUGUUGGCACAACCCAAGUUAGCUAUACAUUCACUGAUGGAUCGGGAAAUAAUGCAUUCUGUGUAUUUACUGUGACUGUAUCUGCGACCACUGACAAUGUUGACCCUGUUAUCAGUGGGUGUCCUGAUAAUAUCAAUAUUGCUAUCCCAAUUGGUUCAACUGGAGUUGCUGUCACAUGGACCGAGCCGACAGCUACAGAUAACUCUGGCAUAGUCCCAACCUCCACCUCUACUAGUUCUCCUGGAGAUACUUUUAAUGUUGGCACAACCCAAGUUAGCUAUACAUUCACUGAUGGAUCGGGAAAUAAUGCAUUCUGUAUAUUUACUGUCUCUGUAUCUGCCACCACUGACAAUGUUGACCCUGUCAUCACUGGGUGUCCUGAUAACAUCAAUAUUGCUAUCCCGAUUGGUUCAACUGGAGUUGCUGUCACAUGGACUGAGCCAACAGCUACAGAUAACUCUGGCGUUGUCCCAACCUCCACUUCUACUAGUUCUCCUGGAGAUACUUUUAAUGUUGGCACAACCCAAGUUAGCUAUACAUUCACUGAUGGAUCAGGAAAUAAUGCAUUCUGUAUAUUUACUGUAACUGUAUCUGCUACCACUGACAAUGUUGACCCCGUCAUCACUGGGUGUCCUGAUAACAUCAACAUUGCUAUUCCAAUCGGUUCAACUGGAGUUUCUGUCACAUGGACUGAGCCGACAGCUACAGAUAACUCUGGAGUUGUCCCAACCUCCACCUCUACUAGUUCUCCUGGAGAUGUAUUUGGUGUUGGCGCAACCCAAGUUAGCUAUACAUUCACUGAUGGAUCAGGAAAUAAUGCAUUCUGUAUAUUUACUGUAACUGUAUCUGCGACCACUGACAAUGUUGACCCUGUCAUCACUGGGUGUCCUGAUAACAUCAAUAUCGCUAUCCCAAUUGGUUCAACUGGAGUUGCUGUCACAUGGACUGAGCCAACAGCUACAGAUAACUCUGGCGUUGUCCCAACUUUCACCUCUACUAGUUCUCCUGGAGAUGUUUUUGGUGUUGGCACAACCCAAGUUAGCUAUACAUUCACUGAUGGAUCAGGAAAUAAUGCAUUCUGUAUAUUUACUGUAACUAUAUCUGCGACCACUGACAAUGUUGACCCUGUCAUCACUGGGUGUCCUGAUAACAUCAAUAUUGCUAUCCCGAUUGGUUCAACUGGAGUUGCUGUCACAUGGACUGAGCCAACAGCUACAGAUAACUCUGGCGUUGUCCCAACUUUCACCUCUACUAGUUCUCCUGGAGAUGUUUUUGGUGUUGGCACAACCCAAGUUAGCUAUACAUUCACUGAUGGAUCAGGAAAUAAUGCAUUCUGUAUAUUUACUGUAUCUAUAUCUGCGACCACUGACAAUGUUGACCCUGUCAUCACUGGGUGUCCUGAUAACAUCAAUAUCGCUAUCCCAAUUGGUUCAACUGGAGUUGCUGUCACAUGGACUGAGCCAACAGCUACAGAUAACUCUGGCGUUGUCCCAACUUUCACCUCUACUAGUUCUCCUGGAGAUGUUUUUGGUGUUGGCACAACCCAAGUUAGCUAUACAUUCACUGAUGGAUCAGGAAAUAAUGCAUUCUGUGUAUUUACUGUAACUAUAUCUGCCAUUUCUGACAAUACUGAACCUGUCAUCACUGGAUGUCCCGACGACAUCUCUGUCGUUGCUCCUUCUGGAUCAACUGGGGUUGCAAUCACAUGGCCUGAGCCAACAGCCUCAGAUGAUUCAGGCCCCAUCACAACGGAAUCUACCAGUUCUCCUGGAGAUUCUUUUAACAUUGGCAUGACAACAGUCUCCUACACCUUCACUGAUGAUUCUGGAAACUUUGCUAUCUGUUCCUUUUCUGUCACUGUUUCUGCUUCUGCUGACAACACUGAUCCUGUCAUUACUGGAUGUCCUGAUGACAUCACUGUGGUCGUUCCGUCUGGUUCUACCAGUGUGGCUAUCACAUGGAGUGAGCCAUCAGCUACAGAUGAUUCCGGGCCAGUCACUUCUGAGUCCUCCAGAUCUCCUGGAGAUUCUUUUGACGUUGGCAUGACAGUAGUUUCCUAUACGUUCACUGACAUGUCAGGAAACUUUGCAAUCUGUUCUUUUUCUGUCACUGUCGCUGCUGAAGCCGACACCACAGUCCCCGUCAUUGAGAACUGCCCUUCCAGCUUUACUGUUGAUGCCGGUAGCAAUAGCUUUAUAUUUGUUACCUGGACUGAACCAACUGCCACUGAUGAUUCUGGGACAGUCACUUUAGUCUCUGGUCCAUCCUCAAACAGUGGCUUUUACCCAGCUGGAAGCAUCAAUGAAGUCACUUAUGUAUUCCAAGAUACUGCAGGAAAUGAGGCAGAGUGUAGCUUUACAGUAACUGUUGCGGCCACCACUGACAAUACUGACCCUGUCAUUACCGGGUGUCCCGAUAACAUCAAUGUGGUCACUGAUCUGGGGGCAAGUGGGGCCACUGUUUCAUGGACCGCGCCAUCAGCUACAGACAACUCAGGCCAAAUCCCAUCCUCCACAUCUGAUAGGUCUCCGGGAGAUUUUUUUAAUGUUGGCACAACCCAAGUAACCUAUACCUUUACCGAUGGAUCAGGGAACAAUGCAUUCUGCUCCUUCUUUGUUACUGUGGAGGCCACCCUUGACAACACUGACCCUGUCAUCAGUGGGUGUCCUGAAAACAUCCUUGUUGAAAUCCCAUCUGGGUCAACUGGAGUUUCUGUCUCAUGGAAUGAGCCAACAGCUACAGAUAACUCCGGUGUUGUCCCAACCUUCACCUCUACUAGUUCUCCUGGAGAUGUUUUUGGUGUUGGCACAACCCAAGUGACCUACACCUUCACUGAUGGAUCAGGAAACGAUGCUUUCUGCACUUUCUUUGUUACCGUAGCUGCCACUACUGACAACACCGACCCUGUAAUUGAAAACUGCCCUGAAAGCUUUUCUGUCGAUGCCGGCAACAACGCCUUUGUAUUUGUCUUCUGGACUGCACCAACUGCCACUGACGAGUCUGGGACAGUCACUCAAGUCGCUGGGCCAUCGUCCAACAAUGGCUUUUACCAGGCUGGUACAGUCAAUGAUGUCCUGUAUGUCUUUGAGGAUGAGGCUGGCAAUCAGGCUCAAUGUGCCUUCCAGGUCACCGUAACAGCUACCGUUGACAACACUGACCCAGUCAUCACCAACUGUCCAAACAACUUUGCUGUCCAGACCACACUGAACGGUGCUCCAGUUCAAGUCAGCUGGAACGAGCCCUCUGCAACGGAUGACAGUGGUGAUCCAGUACAGGUCACUCAGACUGCUAACUCAGGAGACUUUUUUAGCCCUGGUACCACUGCUGUCACCUACACUUUCACUGAUACCUCUGGAAACGAUGCCAUGUGUACUUUUACGGUCACUGUCACAACCACUGUUGAUGUAACUGCACCUGUUAUUAAUGACUGCCCCUCUGACAUAACUGUUCAAACCACGCUGGGUGGCACCGCGGUAGCACUAACCUGGACUGAACCUACGGCUACUGAUGAUUCUGGAUCAGUUUCAUCAACAUCAACUUCCAAUCCAGGGGAUUCAUUCCCUGUUGGAACUACAGUUGUUGUUUAUACAUUUAGCGAUGAUGCAGGAAAUUCUGCUGUGUGUUCUUUCACUGUAACGGUUGAGGCCACUGUUGAUGUAACUGCACCUGUUAUUAAUGACUGCCCCUCUGACAUAACUGUUCAAACCACACUGGGUGGCACCGCGGUAGCACUAACCUGGACUGAACCUACGGCUACUGAUGAUUCUGGAUCAGUUUCAUCAACAUCAACUUCCAAUCCAGGGGAUUCAUUCCCUGUUGGAACUACAGUUGUUGUUUAUACAUUUAGCGAUGAUGCAGGAAAUUCUGCUGUGUGUUCUUUCACUGUAACGGUGGAGGCCACUGUUGAUGUAACUGCACCUGUUAUUAAUGACUGCCCCUCUGACAUAACUGUUCAAACCACACUGGGUGGCACCGCGGUAGCACUAACCUGGACUGAACCUACGGCUACUGAUGAUUCUGGAUCAGUUUCAUCAACAUCAACUUCCAAUCCCGGGGAUUCAUUCCCUGUUGGAACUACAGUUGUUGUUUAUACAUUUAGCGAUGAUGCAGGAAAUUCUGCUGUGUGUUCUUUUACUGUAACGGUUGAGGCAAAUAUUGAUGUCACUGCACCAAUAAUUAACAACUGCCCCGAGGACAUCACUGUCCAGACAACCCUCGACGGUGCUGCAGUCGCAGUGACGUGGUCCGAACCGACUGCUACUGAUGAUUCAGGAACUGUCACAUCUACCUCAUCUUCUAAUCCUGGAGAUUCUUUCCCACUCGGCACAACAUCUGUUGUUUAUACAUUUACCGAUGAUUCUGGCAAUGCAGCUUUAUGUACAUUCACUGUAUCGGUUGAGGGUUCCAUAGACAAUAAUGGUCCCGUGAUUAGUGGCUGCCCCGAUGAUAUCAUAGUGAACAGCGUGGCUAACAAUAACCAGGUCUCUGUCAGUUGGCUGGAACCAACAGCCGUUGACGACUCUGGACAGGUACCAAGCGUAGUGAGUUCAAGCAGUCCUGGAGAUUUGUUCCCUAUUGGAUCCACUGUGGUCAGUUACACAUUUGUGGAUGGCAGUAAUAAUCCUUCUGCUUGUUCAUUUACUGUCACCGUAAUCGACAACAAUGGUCCUGUCAUCAGUAACUGCCCUAUGGACAUCUCCCGAAGUGUCCCAUUCGGUAUAUCCGGUACCACGGUUUCCUGGACACCACCCACAGCAGUUGAUAAUUCUGGCUCAAAUGUCAUUGUGAGUUCCAACAAUAAUCCAGGUGAUUUCUUUGGAGUGGGCCUGAGCCAAGUCACUUACACCUUCACAGAUGCCCAAGGCAACCCAUCCCAGUGUAGCUUCAAUGUGAUUGUCUUUGCUGAAGGUGAUAAUAUCGACCCGGUUAUUGUGGGCUGCCCUGGAAACAUUGUUGUAGACAGCGAUCCAGAUAGUAAUGGUGCCUCUGUUACGUGGACGCCACCUGUGGCCACUGACAACUCUGGCAAUACCCCAACCGUCACCCAGACAGCAACUCCUGGCUCCACCUUCCUCAUUGGAGAGACAACUGUCAUGUACACUUUUACUGAUAACGCAGGAAAUUUUGCUGUUUGUUCUUUCAAUGUUAUAGUAAACGACGAAACUUCACCGGUGAUCCUCAACUGCCCCCAAGAUAUCCCCAUCUCGGUGCCUUUCGGAACCACCAGAACUGUUGUCACGUGGGCAGUACCCACAGCCACUGAUAACUCUGGUGGAGCCGUCCAAUCCACCAGCACUGCCAAUCCCGGUGAUGUCUUCGCCAUCGGUGUCACCCAAGUCAGCUAUACCUUUACUGAUGCCGACAACAACCCUGCUGUCUGUGCCUUCAAUAUAUUCAUCAGCGCUCUUGGAGAUACAGUUGACCCUGUUAUCAGCAACUGCCCACCAAACCUAGCUGUCACUGCGGACAGCUCCCUCAACGGAGCAUUUGUGACAUGGACAGAACCGUCGGCUACGGAUAACUCUGGAACUGUCAAUUCUGUGUCUUCUGCUUCUCCCAAUGAUUUCUUCCUGAUUGGAGAAACCACAGUCACAUACACCUUUGUUGAUCCCAGUGGCAAUGAUGCCAUCUGUUCCUUCAACAUCGUGGUGUCUGACGACACCAAUCCCAUGAUUAACAACUGCCCUGGUGACAUACCCCUCUCUGUACCAUUUGGAGUGAGCGCUGCUGUGGUGACCUGGACUGUUCCUUCUGCUACAGACAACUCAGGAUUUGUCUCGCUGACAUCUAACAGCGCCAACCCAGGAGACUCUUUCCCUGUCGGUAACACUCAGGUUGUCUACAUCUUCACUGACGAUUUCAACAAUGAUGCAAUCUGUACUUUUGAAAUCUCAAUCAUGGCCCUUGGAGAUGUCACCAUCCCAGUGAUAUCGGAUUGUCCACCAUCCACCAUUGUCGUAGAGGCAGACGCGAACCUACCAGGAGCCAGUGUGGACUGGACCAUCCCAACCGCUGUUGACAAUGAUGGCAAUCCCCCACAGGUUACCGUCAGCAACCCCCCGGGAUUCUUUACCAUUGGUAGCACAACAGUGACUUACACCUUCAGAGACACUGCUGGCAACGAGGCCUUCUGUAUUUUUGACGUUGUCGUUAUUGAUAACACAAACCCUGUGGUAACUUCCUGUCCUGAUAACAUUAACCUUGAUGUGCCCUUUGGAACCACGUCCACCGCUGUCUCGUGGCAGUCCCCACUGGUCAGUGACAACUCUGGUACCUUUGAUACUGUUAACAAUGCCAACCCAGGUGAUCUCUUCACUGCCGGUACUGUCACACAGGUCAGCUAUACCUUCACAGAUCCAUCCAACAACUUCGAAGUCUGUAACUUCCUGGUGACCAUAAACAUUGGUGCAGACAUGACUGAUCCUGUCAUCAUUGGGUGCCCCCAGAACAUUGCUGAAGUACUCCCUGAUGACUCUGCCGCUGUCGCCAUUACUUGGACUCCGCCCACUGCCACAGACAACUCUGGCCAAGUACCAUCCUUGGUUGCUACUGCCAACAGUGGUGACCUGUUUGCAAUAGGAACCACCACAGUUACAUAUACCUUCAGGGACCUAGCACUAAAUGAGGCCACUUGUUCAUUCACUGUUACCGUUUUUGACCAAACGGGACCCACAUUCCUCUUCUGCCCUGAUGAUAUCACCUUGGUGGUAUCCCUUGGAACUCCUACUGCUGUUGCUACAUGGACUGAACCUGUUGCCCAGGAUAACUCGGGUACUGUGAAUUUUGUGGACCAAAGCCACGCUUCCGGAGAUGAAUUCCCAGCAGGUAGCACCACCACCGUAACCUACCGCUAUGAAGAUGGCAGCAACAAUCCUGGUUUCUGUUCCUUCCAAGUCAUUGUCAACACAAUGGAUGACGCGAGACCAGUGAUCGACAGCUGUCCACCCAACAUUGCUGUGGAGGUUGAGAUUGGAGUCGGUGGUACCCCGGUCACCUGGGUGAUCCCAACAGCCACAGACAACUCAGGGGUGGCCCCAACCGUUGAGAACAACUUCAACCCAGGAGACUUCUUUGACGUUGGAUCUACCCUGGUUGUCUACACCUUCACCGAUGGUGCUGGAAACGAAGCACAGUGCGCCUUCAAUGUUGCUGUCACUGGUGUGGACACCACACCUCCCCUCAUUCAGUCUUGCCCAGGAGAUAUUUCUCUAACAACGGAUGUCACCACAUCUGGAAGAGUGGUCAGUUGGGAUGCACCAAUCGUUGCUGAUGCUUCUGGUGAUCCAAUCAGCAUUGUUGUUUCAAUGUCUCCUGGAACCUUCUUUGAGAUUGGAACUACAACUGUCAUGUACACCUUUGUAGACUCAUCUGGAAACAGUAUUUCCUGUGACUUUGAUGUUACUAUUACCUCAACUGAUGAGGAAGGACCUGUCAUCUCUGGUUGUCCCGGCAACAUCCUCCGCACUGUCCUGGACGACACCACUGGUGGAGUCAUCAACUGGACCCCGCCCGUUGCCACUGACAACUCUGGCGAGGAGGUACAGCUCCUGAGCAAUCCCCCCACUCCAGGAAGUUACUUCCCCAUUGGAACAACCACUGUCACCUACUCAUACAGUGAUGGUGCUGGUAACAUCAGAGAGUGUACCUUUGAUAUCAUCAUUGAUCAAGAUACUCCAUGCGAUGCCAAUCCCUGUGAGAAUGGCGGUGUAUGUCUUGCCCAGUCCUUGACUGAUUACGUCUGUGUCUGUCCAGGAUGCUUUACUGGUGAUAACUGUCAGUUUGAGCUUGAUCCGUGCAACGGCAACACGUGUGUCAACGGAGGCCAGUGUGUCCAGUAUGACAACUCUUGCACACGCUACUACUGCGAAUGCCCAGAAUGCUUUUACGGCGAGUUCUGUGAAAACCGUGUGGAUGCCUGUGCAUGCAAUAAGUGUGAGAAUGGUGGAGUCUGCUCGCCUCUAGCUGGUGGCACUUGUACUGACUACAACUGCCUCUGUACCGGAUGUUUCGUUGGACAGUUCUGUGAAAACGAGUACAAUCCAUGUGACUAUGCUCCGUGCCAGAAUGGCGGACUCUGUAGCAACAUUGCCGACUCCUGCUCAGCUUACAGCUGCGAAUGCCAGGGAUGUUUCACAGGAUACAGUUGUGAAAUUGCCAUUCCCAACCCAUGUGAUGAGGACCCUUGUGCCAAUGGAGGAGUUUGCUCUCGUAUAGCUGGAAGCUGUUAUGCCUAUCAGUGUGCCUGUCAGCCAGGCUUUGCUGGACCUCGCUGUGAAGAUGCUGUUGUUACUCUUGUAAACCCAUGCAACAACUUCCCUUGUGAGAACGGUGCUUCCUGCGUCUGCGACAACGCUCAGAACUACGUCUGUCUUUGCCCACCUGGCUUCAACGGAAUUCAUUGUGAAGUCGGUCUAGUCACAUCCCAGGAUGCUUGCGCCAAUGAUCCUUGUCUGAAUGGCAACUGUGUGAACAGUUACCACAGUGGCACUGAAGUCUUGGGAGUGUACAGCCCACAAUAUACAUGCGUCUGCCCUGACGGUUUCACUGGACCCAACUGUGCAUUGACCUCCGCAAACAACCCAAGUCUUGUUGUGUGUGACGACAAUAAGUGUGAAAAUGGUGGAGUCUGUUACAACACAUAUUACAGCUAUGACCAGAGUGUGUCCUACUUCUGUGAAUGUCCAAUUGGUUUCUUUGGUGAAUGCUGUGAACUGACACAUCCCAAUCCUUGUAACAGCAACCCCUGUACUGUUAACGGCAACUGUUUGGCCUUCAACACCUACUUUGUUUGUUCCUGUCUCAACGGAUACUCUGGAGUCACAUGCGAGGUCCCACCAAAUGACAUCACAAGGCCAGUCCUUGACUGUCCAGACAGUAUUAGCGUGCCAGCUACCACAACCAGCGGUGGUGCCGUGGUUACCUGGAACCUUCCUACAGUCACCGACGACUCUGGGAACUGGGGCUUUGUCUCUGUCAACAGCGAGUCUGGAGCUUACUAUGCCAUUGGGACCGUCUUGCCUGUGACCUACAGAUAUGUUGACGGAGCAGGCAACUUUGCUACUUGCACCUUUACUAUCAGUGUUACAGAACUUGACAACAUCAACCCUGAGAUUCAGCAAUGUCCAGAAGACAUUGAAAUCACCCUGCCUCCCGGUGGACUCAGCACCGUGGUUUCCUGGUUGGAACCCUUUGCUACCGAUAACUUCGCUGUCGUCAGCACCGACAACAACUUCUCUCCUGGAGACAACUUUGAUCUUGGCUCGACAGUGGUCUCCUACACCUUCACAGAUGCUGCUGGCAACUUUGAUGUCUGUACCUUCACCGUUACUAUUGGAGCUGAACCUGAUGUAAGCCCACCAGCCAUCACAAACUGCCCUGGAGAUCUUACCAUCGAGGUUGGACCUGGUACUGUAUCUUCUGUUGCCACUUGGAUUGAACCCUCUGCUACUGACAAUGUUGGUGUCAUCACAACCAUCAAUAAUUUCAAUCCUGGAGACAUUUUCAAUGUUGGCACCACCAGGGUUACAUACAGCUUUGGCGAUGCCGCUGGGAACCCAGCUUCAUGUAGCUUUGAUGUGACUGUUAUUGUCGGCGAAGAUCAGGACGCCCCCAUUAUCCAGAAUUGUCCUGGAAACAUCGCUAUUUUUGUUGGAGUGGGCAUCACUGAAACUGCUGUAACCUGGAUCGAACCUUCCGCAGUAGACAACUCCAUCGGAGCCAUUGCAGUAGAGAACAACUAUGCACCAGGAGAUGACUUCCCACUAGGAGCCACUCUUGUCUCUUACACAUUUACUGACUUGGCAGGCAAUUUUGCCACUUGCGAGUUCUUUGUUGGUCUUCAAGUUGCUGUUGACGAUGUUGACCCUGUCAUCUCCAACUGCCCUGGAAAUGUUCUUCUUAGUGUUGCCCAAGGUGUCACCUCGGUUACAGCCUCCUGGGUACCACCUACAGCUGUGGACAACUCUGGCACUGUCAACACUGAGAGCAACUUCAUCCCAGGGAAUGUCUUUGGCCUUGGUUCCACCGUGGUCACCUACACCUUCACUGAUCCUUCCGGCAACCUUGCUAUCUGUGCCUUUGAAGUCAUAGUAACUGUUGCUGCUGAUGUUAUACCACCCGUGAUCUCCAACUGCCCCGGUGCCAUCAACGUGGAGGUCAGCUCCAGCCUGUCCACUGCUUCCGUCUCUUGGGAUGAGCCGACUGCAGAAGAUGAAUCUGGUAUUGUGCUGACCAGUCAGAACUUCAACCCAGGACAGCUCUUUGGGGUGGGAACCACCGCUGUCACCUAUACCUUCACCGAUCAGGCCGGCAACCCAGCAAUCUGUACCUUUGUGGUAACAGUCACAGCUGUUGACGACAUUGCACCUGUCAUUAUUGGUUGCCCCAAUACCAUCACCUAUGAGGCACCCUUGGGGGCUACUCGCGCACCUGUUACCUGGAACCCUCCCACUGUUACAGAAGGAGGUGUUGUAACUUCACAGACAUCAACACCAGGCAGCCUCUUCCCACUUGGCUCCUCACAGGUUACCUACACCUUCACUGAUCCUCUCGGAAACGUUGCUACCUGUUCCUUCUCAGUGGUUGUCAUAACUGUUAUGGACAAUACGCGCCCAGUCCUUGUAUCCUGCCCUGAUGAUAUCAGCGUCCGUGUCGAUGUCGGCCUCACUGGAGGUACCGCCUCAUGGACGGUACCCAAUGCCGUUGAUGACUCUGGUACUGUCAAUGUUGCCAGCAACUACAACCCAGGAGAUUUCUUUGAGCUUGGAUCCACUUUAGUGGCGUACACACUCAGUGACGAUGAGGGCAACUCUAUCAAUUGCGAUUUCUUUGUCAUUGUGACAGCUGCAACUGAUGACAUUAUGCCAGUGAUCAGCGGGUGUCCAGAUGAUGUCAUUCUUUAUGUUCCUCAAGGCACGACCAGGGCCAAUGUGUUCUGGACCGAGCCAACUGCCACCGACAACUUUGGUGAUGUGACCGUCACUCGGUCUGCCACUCCCGGAAGCCUUUUCCUGCUUGGUCAGCGCCAAGUCACCUAUACUUUCAGAGAUGAGGCCAACAAUAUUGCCUUCUGUACCUUUGAUGUUAUUGUUCAAGUGGCACCAGUCGAUGAUGUGUCACCAGUCCUUGUUUCAUGCCCGGGUGACAUUACCGUUGCUACCUCAGACCAGAAUACCGCUGUACCCGCUUUCUGGCUUGUCCCUCAGGCUAUCGACAAUUCUGGUAACGUCAAUGUUCUCAACAACAAUAACCCUGGGGACCUCUUUAGCUUGGGUGUCAACACUGUCACCUACACGUUCACAGACAAUGCUGGAAAUGAUGUUAUCUGCUCGUUCGAUGUCACUGUUGUUCUUGGUGUGGUCGAUACCACAGAUCCCAUCGUAAACUUCUGUCCAGCAAACAUGGAGAUCUUGACCCCUGUUGGCGAGCCAGAGGUUGUAGUUACCUGGAACGAACCUGUGGCCUUUGACAACUCUGGCAGUGUCACCACCACUCAAAGUGCCUCUCCAGGAGACACCUUUGGAGAAGGUGUUACUCAGGUGGUCUACCAAUUCACUGAUGCCAGCGGAAAUGAUGCUUUCUGUAUUUUCACUAUCACUGUUACCUUGGAUGUCCAAACUGACUUUGAGGGUCCUGUCAUCAGCAACUGCCCUGAUGAUUUUAUCCUGAGUGUCCCUGCAGGAAUCGCUACUGUAUCCGCAACGUGGCAAGAGCCCUCUGCUACUGAUGCAUCUCUUCCCAUUUCAUUGGAGCAGUCUGCCAGUCCUGGUGAUGAGUUUCCUGUUGGUCAGACCACCUUGGUCACCUACACCUUCACAGAUGCUUUGGGCAACCCGACCAUAUGUGCCUUUAGCAUUUCUGCCGUAGUUGUUAUCGUUGACAACACUGACCCUGUCAUCUCCAACUGUCCCGAUGACAUCGACUUGUCGGUCCCACCCACCCUCGCCAAUGUAGCUCUCACUUGGAUAGAGCCAUCAGCAACGGACGACACCACUGCCACUGCCAACAUCCGCAUUGACCAAACUGCCUCUCCAGGAGAUUCUUUCCCUGCAGGGCAGACCACCAUUGUCUCUUACACCUUCACCGAUGAAGCAGGCAACUUUGCUGUGUGCACCUUCCAAAUCACCAUUAAUGUGUUGAAUACAGACACCACCAAUCCUGUGGUGAGUAACUGCCCAGAUCCUAUCACCUUGAGUGUUGGUGCUGGAGUGACUAGCGUCCCUGUGGUCUGGACCGAACCUACCGCUGUAGAUGAAACCAGUGCUGUCACCGUCUCCCAGACUGCAUCACCAGGGGACAGUUUUGGCCUCGGGCAGAACCUUGUCAGCUACACUUUCACCGAUGCUGCAGGAAACGAUGCCUUCUGUACCUUUACUAUAACCAUCACAGUUGCCACUGAUAACAUAAGACCCGUAAUCAGUGGCUGUCCGGAUGAUAUCAGUGUCACAAUCCCAUCAGGAUCCAAUGGAGUUGCUAUCAAUUGGACCCCGCCCACAGCUACAGAUAACUCUGGAGAAGUGCCAACCGUCAUCUCUUCUAGCUCUCCUGGAGAUACUUUUGAAGUUGGCACGACUGUAGUUAGUUAUACUUUCACUGAUGGUUCAGGCAAUAAUGAUAUCUGUCUGUUCACUGUUACUGUAGCUGUUACUUCUGGUGACAACAUUGACCCUGUUAUCACAGGGUGUCCUGAGAAUAUGGUUGUGACCAUUCCUAGUGGGUUUACAGAAGCCUCUGUGACAUGGAUUGAGCCUACAGCUACCGACAACUCUCCUGACCCAGUCAGGGUUGAUUCUAGCAGUUCUCCUGGAGACUCCUUCACUCUCGGCUCAACUGCCGUCACCUACACCUUCACAGACAGCUCUGGGAACUUUGCUGUGUGCUUAUUCAUUGUCACAGUGCAGGCAAGCGUUGACAACACUAUUCCUGUGGUGAGCAACUGCCCAAAUCCUAUCACCUUGAAUGUUGGUGCCGGAGUGACUAGCGUCCCUGUGGUCUGGACCGAACCUACCGCUGUAGAUGAAACCAGUGCUGUCACCGUCUCCCAGACUGCAUCACCAGGAGACAGCUUUGGCCUUGGCGAGAACCUUGUCAGCUAUACUUUCACAGAUGCUGCAGGAAACAAUGCCUUCUGUAUCUUUACUAUAACCAUCACAGGACAAACUGUAGUAGAUAACACACCCCCUGUGAUCAGUGGCUGUCCCAAUGAUAUUGACCUCACUGUUCCUGCUGGAACCACUAGCAUUCCGUUGACCUGGACCGAGCCAACUGCAGUAGAUGAAACCAGUGCAGUGACUAGAACUCGAACCGCAGCACCUGGAACUAGUUUUGCAGUGGGAACCUCAACAGAUGUUACUUACACAUUUACUGAUGCUUCUGGCAAUUUUGAUAUCUGCACCUUCACUGUCACACUGACUGCUUCCAGUGUUGACCAGACCCCUCCAGUCAUCAGUGGAUGUCCUCCUGGUAUCACAGUUACUGUACAAGCAGGAGUCUCCAGCACUGCUGUGUCCUGGGUUCCACCAACAGCAACUGAUGAAGUUUCUGCUGUGACCUUCACAACGACAAAUGCCCCUGGAAGCCUCUUUGGUCUCGGAAGUACUCAGGUCACCUAUACAUUCACAGAUCAAGCAGGAAAUGAUGCUUUCUGCACAUUCAAUGUCAUUGUUGCAACCUCUACCACGGACAACACUGAUCCUGUCAUCACGGGCUGCCCUGAAGAUAUUACCAUCACAGACAUCGGGCUUGAUGGGACACAGGUAGCAACAUGGGUGGAGCCAUCUGCCACUGAUAACUCCGCUGUGACUGUAACAAGGACUAAUUCACCAGGGGAUGCCUUUGUGCUUGGAACAACCACUGUGACCUACACCUUCACCGACACCAGCAACAAUUUUGCCAUCUGUGCAUUUGAUGUGACUGUCACAGAAAAUACACCUUGUGACAGCAACCCUUGUCCGGUAGAUGAACAAUGCUUCUACAGUGCUGACACGUACCUCUGCUUACCACAAGCUGUUGGCAGAAGGCGUAGGGAGGCAGAGGAUAUUUCUAUGACUGGAGAUUGCCCUUGCCUGAAUGACGGCGUAUGUAAGAGGGAUCACAAUGAUAACAACAUAUGUUUCUGUAAACCAGGAUUUUAUGGACCUAUCUGUGAGAAUGAAAUUGUUGUCCUCGACCCAUGCCAACCCAACCCCUGUGGUAGCAAUGGAACAUGCCGACACACUCCUAGAGGAAGCACCCUUUCUUUUGUCUGUGACUGUGCAGCUGGAUACAGCGGAAAAUAUUGUGAAAAAAGUGAGAUGAAAUCAUUAACUGAUGAGCAGAUGACCAGCGAACUUCAGGAGAUCAUCGGGAAGCAGACCUUGAUAUCUUGGGCUUUCCUUGCAGGUUGCUUCAUUCUGGUCCUCACCAUCCUCCUCCUACUCAUUGGGCUAGCCUGCCUUGCCCCUCGUUUCCGAACAACGGUACGAACUGGCAAGCCAGCACUCGAUGAGAUCACCCUUGUCCAGUAAUCAUUAAGGAAUGAUAAUCUCGGGGUGGGAUGACAUUCUUGAGUAUUAUUGACUUGCAAUUACAUCCAACCCGAUGGACAUUCGUUCUCCUCGACAACAUCUUGGGGGCUUGCUUGAUCCAGGGUUGAUGUACGCAAUGAUAAAUAUACUUCACCUAACUGUCUUCCCAUUUUGUUAGAUAUUUAUAAAUAUAUAUAUAAAUAUGUAUUUGUAUUCUUUUAUAUUUUCUGUCAAAAAUUAGUUAGAAAUGCAGGCAUUUUUCAUUGGUCUCUUGUAGAAUAACCAGUAUGAUGACUAUGACAUAUUAAUUAAUGCUGUGUGGGACAGAUAAAUUUCUGAAUUUCCCGAGCUUUGAAUAAAAUUUCAUCCUUGUUUUAGCUGAUUUAAGGGUUACUCAGGUGAAGAGACUUGUCAUGUAACUGAAAUGUUUAUAACUUUUUCAAAGACAAUUACAAGUUUGCUUGUGCAAUGUGUGUCUUGUAAUAUCAGGGGAAAGGAAAAACAGUAGGUAGAAAUAUUGCUUUACUGCAUAGCAUAUAUAGAUAUAUUAAUUUGUUAGGGUUAUGGUUAUUAUAAAAUGCAGCUUUCUAUUAGUUUCUGAUUGCUCAUUCUACUAAUCCUAUUAUGUUUUAUUCUAUUCUUGUUUUUAAUAUACAUGUGUAUCUGAGCAGCUUAUUAAAAGAGUGAAUUCUUUUAAAAUAGAUAAUUGAUCAUGAUUCCAAGAAUCAAAUUCUUAACUUUACUUUAAAAGUUUUCUUAUUACAUUUCCAAAGAUGUUCAUCACAUGAUAUGUAUGUAUUAUUUUUUCUACUGCACAAUUAUACAUCUUGACAAUAAAUUGAAUUUCAAUGGACUGUA